AUGAAUCACUGGAUAAUUUUCAUUUCAAUUAUUGGAGUUGUAACUAGUAAUUUAAGUAAUUAUAACUAUAAUAUUUUAAGUUGAGUAAGAAUUGAAAAAAUUGUAAGAAAAACAAGAGUUUCAAAAUUGUGAAAAGAGUUGCAUAAUUAAAGAGCAAAAAGGAAAAGAAGAUUGUUUAUCAUAUUUUUUAGCAAAUGUUGAAUAUUAUUGCAUAAAAGUCGUAAAUGAGUUGAUAAAUGAUUGUUUAUACAAAUAUUGCCUAUAGAAAAAAAAAAAAAAAAUAAAACACCCUAAUAUGCUAAAAACUCAAUGA